AUGGAAUCACUCUUCGAGCCGUCCUCAUACCUCGAUCCGUCUCCAUAUGACCCUUCCUCCUUCCUCACCUUCUCCUCUUUUGCCGAUCUCACCGCAUCACCACCCAGCAUCAGUGAUACGUGGGACGACAUCUUCUACUCCCCUUCUUCUUCUUCUUCAUUUUCGUCUUCUUCUUCUUUUUCCCCUUGUUCAUUAUCAUCCAAACAUCCCGCAAACAUCUACAACGCUGCCGCCGGACUUCCCACCCGCUCAGCCUAUUCAACGUCAAGCGAUUGUUCCUCGCCUGACCUCGCAUUCGACCCCUUCGAGAUCGCCUCGUCCGCUUUCGAAGCGUCAUCCCCAGGUAUCUUCCAUCUCCCCUCCCACGCCGGUCCGAGCAAGCUCAGCGCUGCCGACGCUGCUCCCGGCCUCACCCACCGCGUUACCUCGUCCACGGACAGCACCUGGGACAGUCCCCUCAUCACUCCCGCGCUGAACAGCAACGCUCCCGGCUUCGUCUCGCCCCAACAGGUCAGCAAAGCCGCCUUCUCGUGGGAAGACGCACCCUCCACUCUCGCCUCAUCCUCCUCCUACACCCCUCCUACCACCGCCGUCUCCCCCGUCCCCCUCCGUGUCGCCUCCAACCCCUCUCUCGGCGCACACAAGAACCCGCGAGCCAUCCGUCCCGUCAACUCGAUGCCGGCGCUCAAGGAAGAAGUGGACACGUUCCAGUGGUUCGACGGAACCAGCCUGGACGGGACGGACCCGGUCAUUGACGAGGCGUUGGUGGAUAACUUUGAUUGGGUGUUUGGGGACUAUGGAUUAGGGGAGAAUCUGCAGGGAACCAUCUUCGCCGCAUUCAAGGAGAAUGAGCCAGCCGAGCCUGCGCAUAACACCCCUCUCACUUCCGCCUCAACCUCCGGUCUCCUCCCUCACGAGCCGGUCUUCUCUACAACCCACAACUCGACUUCCCCCAUCGAGACCACGGACAAUUUCAGCAUAAACAACAACGACCUAUCAUCAUGGUACGCUCAAAACGCCGAGAUGACGCAGGCCGUCAACCCCUCGGCGCAGAUGCAGACGUACGAGUUCCCCUCGUCGUUCGGCAUCGACCCUACCGUCUUGGGCGGGGGAUCGGACGGGUCAAGGCCGGCGAGUGCGCCUGGAGGCGAUGUAGAGGGACUGGGGAUGUUGAGCGCACCAGUAUCUGGGCAGAUGUCGCGGAGCUUGACGGCUCCCGGCUACGUACCUAAUCGGAGUGCUCCAGCCUCGGACCUCUUUGCAUUCGACCCUCACUCCAUGCAACCCACACAUUACGCUCCUCAGCAGCAGUCGACCUACCCCCCGACUCAGCAGCUUCCCAUCCGCCCCCUUCCUCAGCGGAGAGCAUCGCAUGGGCUGAGCAUCUCGAUCCAACCCUCGGCCUACUCUACCUUCUCGAUGCCGACCGACCUGCCGACCCCUCCCCACUCGGCACCGUUCAGCUCAUCGAGCAUGGUCCACGCCCAAGCGCACGCUCAGUCCGGGUAUGCGCCCCAGGUGUACUCGCACCUCCAGGCACCCGCGCAGAUGGCUCGGGCUGGAACGCAGCCCCUGCCCUCGACCAGGCGGAACAGCGCGACCUCUACCACCGGCGCGUCCACCCCGACUAUGCCGGCCCACCUGGUCCGCGCACAGGCGAUCGUGCAGAUGCAGGAGGCCAAGGAGGAGCAGCAGAGGCAGGAGAUGCGCCGCAAGGCCGCGUCUCGCAAGAUCGGGAUGGCGGAGGCUAGCGUCAUGCAGCCUCUCACUUCGUCCGCUCCCAUCCAGCCGCCCCCGCACCACGCUCCCCCUCAACCGCGUCAUCAGCCCUCCAUCGUCGGUUGGGCCGGCCCGUCCUCGCUUCCCUCGCAGUCGCACAUGCCAUCCGGUAUGAGCGGGAAUUUGGGACCGGUCCUCACCACUCAACCCCUCAUCGUCCACCCCCCUCCUCAACAGUACUACUCUACUGCCCCCGCACACACCUACCACCCCUCGCACCUCGCCCACCCCCAGCAACACCCCCAGCCCCAGCCGCACCGCGUCCACCCACCUCCUCACCCCGGUAUGGGCGCCGGUGUCGGACUCGGUAUGGGUAUUCCCCGUCCCAUGGCUCGUCUCCCUUCAUCACCUACCAAGGGCUCUCGCAAAGUCACCUCGCCGACCAAGCGCUCGCCUUCCGGCGCAACCAAGCGGCGGCCAGUCAUGCAGCCGGGCGGAUUCUCGUGGGGCGAAGCGACCUUCAUCAACUUCACCCCUGACGACGCAGAGAAGCUCUUGACGGGUGUCGCGCCAAGUGGGUCUCAGGCCAAGCGGAAGCGCGAGGAGGAUGCGGCGCGGGGAAGCGGGGCGAUGACCAUGAGCAUGGGCAUGGCGGGUGGUAUGAUGGCGGGAGAAUAUCUUGCGGUGGAUAUGGACAGAGAGGGGUCGAAGCGGUCGAGGGGAGAGUAG